UCACACAUGGGCAGCAAGACACUUUUGAAAGGUGCAGAAGGAUGGGUACAUGAAGCAUAUCUCUCGCGGUUCGUAGCAAAGCAACACGGAUAUUACCGUUCUUACUAGCCUGGCUGUUGCUUUACAAGUUAUCAAAGUUUAGUAUUUCACCGUCCAUCAACAAUGGCCGCUUUCAGGACUGUUUUGUGUUCAUGUGCAAUACUUUCUAUAUUAGCGUUUUCUACCGUCAACACACAGACGACCCAAUCUCUCAACGGAACACAACCCUCAACUUCGGAUGGGAAUUCGGGAGAUGAAAUGAUUCUGGAAAAGAGCAUGAAUGUUUUAUAUGAUAUGGUGAAAGGAUUCCUACAGAUUGUUCAACCGAAGAAAAUAACCGAUGUACAAUGGCUGAAUAUAACAGAACUUGUAAAAGGAAAGUUUCCAGAAGAGAUGACAAAAUGGAAAAAUUACACGGACUACUUGAUUGGCUUUGCUGUGUGUGUGGCUGUGGGCAUCCUGUUCUGCAUCAUCAUGCCAAUAUUUGGCUGUUGUUUCUGCUGUUGUCGCUGUUGUGGCAAGUGCGGUGGGAAGAAGAAGGAGAAGGAUCCAAAACGAGCCAAGUGCAAGCGUGUCUCCUACUGCACGGUCUUGCUUAUAAUCAACACCAUCAUGCUAGCUGGAGUUGUGUGUGCCUUUGUCACUAACGAUCUCAUUCAUCGAUAUCUACGAAACGAAGACAACCGUGGGCUUGCAGGAAGACUUGGCCAGGCUUUAACUGGAUUUGACAACUAUGUUACAGAUACAAUGGAUGAUGUUCAAGCUAGAGCCCUAGGAACCUUUGAUUCAACAAGAGCAACUCUGGUUAGAGACAUCAACACCACAGCAAGCAGUGCAGUUGAUAGAGUGGCUGAUCUGGUCAACGCCUCAUCGCUGAUUCAACAGGCAACGGAUCUCAGUAAAAAUGUUAAUGCCACCCAGAAAGAUUUAACAGAUGUUGCAAGUUAUUUGGUCAGUCUGCAGAAUGAUGGGACACAUCUUACCAAUCAACUGAAAAUCAUAAAGGACAAUCUGACUGCAGCCUGCCCUCCACUACUUGUGGUGGCGCACUGAAUGUUUCACA